GUAUGUGAAAUCAGAGGUGAAAACGAGGUUGCCAGUGAAAGACUUAGCAGACAUUCUUGAAGAUGAACACAAGGCAGACUAAAAUUGAAAAUCGUGGUCGUAUCAUUGGGAUGAGAGAAAGUGGUCUCUCUCCUAGUGAAAUUUCCAGGGAGCUGGGUAUCUCCCGGUCUGUAAUUUACAGGUGGAUAAAGAGGUGGGAGGAGGAGAGCACCCUGAACGAUCGCCCUCGUUCCGGUGCUCCACGAAAGACAACCGAAGAUCAAGAUGCUCAGAUCAGGGAGAUGGUGGAGGCGAACCCCUUCACCAAUGCAGUUAGUAUACAAGAAGAAUUGCAACUCCCAGUAACAAGUCGAACAGUGAGAAAAAGAUUGCACGCAGAUGGUAUUCAUCACAUUGUAUGUGAUAAAAACCUCGAGCACAAGAUUACCCGGAAAAAGAAAGAAGCCUGGAAAGGAAUCACUAAUAUUUUUAAUGCUGCCUCUGUCGGCGACAAAAGAACGGAAAAGCAAGUAAGGAAGAUGUGGGAGCGAGUAAAGGGAAAGAAAAAACAUGCAAUGAAGAAAAAAGAGUUGCUCAAGACAGGGGGUGGUGUUCCUGCAGAAGAUGUAGAUGACAAGACAGCCAAAGUGUAUGACAUCAUAUAUGAUGAACUAAAAGAUCUUGACAACGUGUUUGACAGCGAUUCUCUUACUGAUGAUACCCAAAUACAUGUCUCAAGUGUGUCUGCGGCUGAGGAUUUGGAAGACCUUCGACCAAGUUCAUCGAACAGUAGCAGACAGUCACCCCUACAAAGUGAUGUUGAACAAAAAGCGAAAAAAGGGAAAAAAGAAUGGAAAUUCAGCCCCGCUGCUGAAUGCUACGAACAGUCCCUAAAGAUGCAUGAAAGAGAGCAUGAAAUGGACAUGAAAAUAAAGGAAGCUCAGUUAGAGGGCGCACAAGAGUUUAUUGUUGCCUGUAAAAGUAUUAAACACUUUGCCGAAAGUGCUACUCAGGCAAUUAAAGAGGCUGCAAUUGCAGUACAAGAGGCAGCCAAGGCAAUUUCUGGGAAGUAAUAAUUUUUGUUCUUUGUUAAAGUAUAACAAUACAGAUUUCCUUAUUCAUAAAUAUGAAUCUGUACAAAUAUUUAUUUACUUUCCUACAGUUUUUUCUGUUGCAUAAGAAAGUAUAGAUUUGUACAUUUAUAUUUAAUCACAGAUGGCAGCAGAAAUUUGAUUUAGAAGUAAAGUAUUGAUUUUGUUUGUCCUGUUUUAGUAUUAAUUACAUACUUUAUCAAGACACCUUUAUAAAACCAAUAUUUAUAUUUUUUGAUGUAUAAAGAUGAUAUUAAAAACACAAGCAAAUUCACUGAUAAGGCACACCAAUAUUACAAAAUACUGUGCAAUAUCAUUAUCCGAAAUAUAAGAAAUUGGUAAAAUAUAGCAACAUGAUGAAAAUAUCAGUAAAAAAAUAAAUGAAACGGUAACAGUUUUAUAUAAAUAAAUGAAACCUUUACGACUGGUCAAAGUCAGAAAAUUUAUAAAACAAGCUGCAUUAUUACAAUAAUAUUACAACAAAAGCAGGAUGGAAAAGUAACAUUCCAUUAGAGAAAACUUCAUGUCAGUCUGUGCCAUCAGAGUUUAUGAUUUGCUGGCAUCAAACACUUCCCUCAGUAUUUUUUUGUAUGUUUGGUGGAUCUGGAUGGGGUAUCAUUAAAUAAACAGGAUUUUCAUUAAAGUCAUCUGCAUGUAUUUCUGGCUCUACUACCCUAUACUGAAUGGCCAGGUUAUGUAGUAUAGCACAAGCAGCAAUUAUAACUGAAGUGUUU